UAUCAAUUUGAAAUUGAAAUGAUUCACAUUAUUUUAUAAAACAGUAUGACUUUGUAGGCUCUUGUUGUGCAAUUGUAUGUUGUGAUAUAAUUAUGUCUAGAAUAAUAAAUAAAGGAAGUUUCAAACCCGGUAGUAUAUAUAGAAUAGCGCUAGAAAACUUUGUAACCUAUAAAGAGGUGGAAUUUUAUCCAGGCAAAUCAUUGAAUUUAAUAAUCGGACCCAACGGAACUGGGAAAUCAACAUUUGUUUGUGCUAUAAUACUAGGCCUCUGUGGAAAUCCUAGGGCUAUUGGUAGAUCGAAAAACUUGGAAGGUUUUGUCAGACAGGGGUGUGAGAGAGGAUCUAUAGAGAUAGAGUUAUAUAAUAAACCUGGUGAGAGGAAUAUCAUUAUAAAAAGGACACUGGAUGCAAAGAAAUGUUCAUCAAUAUGGAGCUUGGAUUACAAAACUGUAACGGAGAAAAGAGUUCAAGAAAUUGUUAAAUCACUUAAUAUUCAGGUCGAAAAUCUCUGUCAAUUGCUACCACAGGAUAAAGUCCACGAUUUUUCUAAGUUGAAUCCCAAAGAACUAUUGCAUAGUACAUUGACAGCUAUCGGGGACUUUGAUAGUAUUAAAGAUUGGGACAAAUUGAUCAAGAUGCAAAAUGAUCAGAAGGAAUUGACCUCGACUCUCAAAAAUGGCGAAACAAAACUACAAGAGGAAAAGAGAAAAAACCAAGGAUUAAAAGAAGUGAUCGAUGCUAUGAAUCAGAGGAAAGCUAUAAAGAGGGAAAUAAAGAUUUGUGAGAAGAAACUGUUGUGGGCCGAGUACAAGGAGCUGUAUGAUGCUGUGGAGGAGAUCAAGAGGCAGCAGGUCGAGGCCAAGAGAGUGGUUGAGGAGAAUAAUAAUGUCAUUGAACCUAUGAAACGUGAACUGGAUGCGAUGAAGCAGCGUAUCGGUGUGUUGGAGAGCGGGAAGCGACGGAGUAUUGAAAAAAUUCGUGAUCUCAAAGCUAAACUGCAAGAGACGAUAUCGACUUUUGAAAUACACGAAUCGAAGCUGAACGGAAUAGACAGAAAGUUUCAAGAGAAAUAUGACGCGCAAAGGAAUAUAGAAAGAGAAUUGACGGAGGCUAGGAUCGAAGAGGAAAAACUACAAUCGGAUAAGAGGGAGCUGGAAGAGAAGGGUGGGAACGAACAGAGCUUGAUAUUGGAAUUACAAAAAUUUGAGAAAGAAAGGGCUAUAAUAAAUGCAACGCUUGAAACAUAUAGGAAUAGCAGAGGGCGCCAGUUUUAUCCGUUGGACAACGAAAUGAGAUCGCUCACACAUAAGAUAAAGAGUUUGGAAAACGUUGAAAGGGGCCGUCUCGACAAACUGAAGACUAAACAUAGAGAUACAUAUAAAGCGUGGGUCUGGCUGAAAGAGAAUAUGCACGAGUUCAAACACCCUGUAUAUGGACCGAUGAUGCUUAACAUUAACUUCAAAGAACCAAAAUUCGCACGUUAUUUAGAAUCCACGGUGCCGGUGAGGGAUUUGAAGGCUUUUACGUUUGAAUCCAAAGAGGACAUGAACAAGUUCAAUAAGAUAGUUCGAGAGGAGUUAAAAUUAAGACAAGUGAAUGCUGUACACAGUGAAGGAGGAGAUUUUGACAUACGGCCCAUAGAUAUAAGAAACUUGAGUUACUUGGGAUUCUACACGUGUAUCCUGGACACGAUCUCAGCUCCAGCCGCCAUCUUGCGCUACCUGUGUUCUGUGUAUCGUGUUCAUGAUAUACCGAUUGGGAACAACCAUACAUUUGACAACGUCGAAAGAGUUCCAGACAAGAUUAGGUUUUACUUCACAGAAAAGCAUAGAAUUAGUGCGCGAGUGUCGUACUACAAGGUGCGGUCGACUACGACCAUAGAAAUAAGAAACGCGGAUCUGUUAGCGGACAGUGUUGAUUAUGAAUAUGUUAACGCUUUGAAAUCUCGGUUAUCUGAGGUACAAAAAGAGAAGACAAAUUUGGAGAGUCAAUACGAAACGAGACUGAAUGUAGAAGGAGAUAAACUGAAAGAAAUAGUUGGAAAAACAAAGGAGAAGACUGACUCGUUAGAGAAGAUUAAAUCCAUAAAUCUAAAAAUACACUUCCAAAAGCAAAAAGUUCUUGCAUUAGAACGCGAACCGGCCAUAAACAUAGAGGCGGAAAAGAGGAAGUGCAAAGAAGAUAAACAAGAGUGCGUCCACAAACAGUGCGCAGCGCAGAAGGAGAUGUACAACAUAUUACAACACAUACACGAGGAGACAGUCAACAUGGAGAAGAAUACGAUUCACUUAUCUGUACAUAGAAACGAAUUCGUUCAAAAGGAAGCCCAAUAUAGAAGAUUAACAAGCGAGUUCGAGGCGGCCAAGACGAUACUAGAAAACGUAAACAACGAUAUGAAAAGAGCGAGAACGAGAGCGAAGGAGAAGCUGGAACAGGCGAAGUCCAGCUGCGGAGACAAGAUGAUCAACGCGGACGACUUCCCGUACGCGGACGAGUUCAACGACCUGCCCUCGGACAGAGAACAGCUGCAAAUGUACAGGAGCGAGAGAAUGGCCAAAGUAUCGCUCAUGGACAAGGGUGACAACCAGGUACUAAAAGAAUAUGAGGAUAGAGAAAGAGAGAUAAGGAAUCUUGAAAAGAAAUUGAGUUCGUCGACCGACACCAAGAAAAUGAUAAGAGAUGAAAUUAAAACGAUAACAUCAAGAUGGCUGCCACCGCUGGAAAAUCUAGUGAGCGAGAUCAGAGAGAAUUUCUCAUCCAUGUUCCAGAAGUUGGGGUGUGUUGGUGACGUCAUACUGUACAAGGGAGCCAAUGAUGAGGAGUUCUCGUGUUACGGGCUACACAUCAUGGUGCAGUUCCGUGUUGGUGAGCGUCUGCGACAGUUGACUAGAGACACACAGUCGGGCGGGGAGAGGGCGUUGUCUACGGCCCUAUACCUCCUUGCUCUACAGGCAAGGGUCGCUGUACCCUUCAGAUGUGUGGAUGAAAUCAACCAAGGAAUGGAUGCAAAGAAUGAAAGGGACAUGUUACAGUUACUGAUCAAGGCGACCACUGAAUCCGAUUCCCAGUACUUCCUCCUCACACCAAAGCUGCUGCUAGAUCUGGACUACAAUGAGAAGACAACCAUACAUACAGUGAUGAACGGCUGUCAUAUAAUGAAUUACAAGAAAUGGAAUAUGAGUGAAUUCCUUCAGAACGCUAACAAAAUCAACCAAAUAUGACCAUUGAUAUGUUAUUUGAUUAUAAGUGAAUUGCUUUGUGUAUUCGACUAUUGAUAUUACAUGUAUAAACAUCAUGACAGUACAAUUUCUAUAUUAAGUGUAUUUAUUUUAUGGGAAUGUCAUAAAAAUUAAGCGUAUUUUCGAAACAUUUUACUUAAUGAACAUAAUAUCACAAAAAUAUAUAUAUAGUAAUAUAAAAUAUAAAUACUUGUUAAAUAUUCUAGCUCUUAAAGGGAACAAUAAGGAAAACAAGCUUUACAUGUUAAUUUUAUUGUCUAUAAGAAAUGUUUUAGCUUUAACGGACAAGUUAAAAUGACAGAUUAUAACUUUCCCAUAUUGUAUACAGUUUUUGAACUGAUAGUUAAAUUAAUUGAAACAGAUGAGAUUUUCUUUUUAACUAAUUCAUGAAUAUAGACGAUUAACUAUUCUCUAUUAGUGAUUUGUCUGUGAAUAUGUCUGUAAAUAUAAACAUAAUAAUAACAAUUUUAAAGUCACACGAAUGUGAUUAUUUUUUCCACUGUAUAGUAUAACAACUCAAUAUUCCGAUCAAUGUGAUUGAUUGAAAUUUGGACUAUUUAUUACAUUUUCCUCUUAUAUUGUUUCAAGUACUUUGCGCUCAUAAGAGCAAGAGUAAUUUUUCCGAGCAAAAAUAUUUUUUCAACAAUAUUUACUUAUAAAAAAAUAUUUGUUUUUAUAUAUAUAUAAGUCAUCUUAAAUUUGUGGUAUCGAGACCAUCGUGAACGUUGGUAGUAUGUGAUGUAGUAUUCUUUAUGAAUUUACUCUAAAAUUGUGUUACUUUUCAAUAUAGUUAUUUUCUUCAGCUUUCCUCUCAGAUCUACAGAUCCUACCGUCAUUCCGACUACGUUUUAAAUGCUUGUGAGAUUGUGACGUGCCUUAUUAUCUUGUACAAUUGUAUAUACAUUUACAUUGGUUUAUUUUUUUUACAACGCAAGUGUUUUUAUUAAAAGAAAAAUUAAUUAAAA